AAAACUGGGAUGGGGGGAUUGACCGACCCACCAGGCCACCACCCGCCGCCCCCGCAGGCCAAAUACGCGCGUCGCCAUGCCGCCCCGGUUCCCCACCGCCCGCCUCCUCCUCACCAGGCAGCUCCCGCUCCCGCACCGCCUCCUCCCACCCCCGCCUCUCCCCUUCUCGGCCCCUCGCGCCCUCCGCCUCCCUCCGGCGCCGCAGCCCCUUCCACGAGGCGCGCGCCGCUGCCGCUGCCGCCGCCCCCCGCUGCUCCGCGGCAUGGCCUCCGCCGCCGCCUCCCCCGGGUCACAAGCCGCUGCCGCGGAGGCGCCGGCCGCCCCGCGGCGGUUCGCGCUGGAGGAGCUCCCCUGGGACCACUCCUUCGUCCGCGAGCUGCCCGGGGACCCGCGAUCCGACACCCUCCCGCGGGAGGUCCUGCACUCCUGUUACUCUAAGGUGUCCCCCUCGGCCAAGGUGGACGGCCCCAAGCUCGUGGCGUGGUCCGACGCCGUCGCCGACCUCCUCAAUCUGGACCACAAAGAGUUUGAAAGACCUGACUUUCCUCAGUUCUUUUCCGGAGCAACUCCACUGGUGGGAAGUUUGCCCUACGCACAGUGCUAUGGAGGACAUCAGUUUGGCGUAUGGGCUGGUCAGUUGGGGGAUGGAAGAGCGAUAACACUUGGGGAGGUUGUAAACUCUCGAGGUGAGAGAUGGGAGUUGCAGCUCAAGGGUGCUGGAAAGACUCCAUACAGCAGAUUUGCGGAUGGUCUUGCUGUCCUUCGCAGUAGCAUCCGUGAAUUCUUAUGCAGCGAAGCUAUGCAUGGUCUAGGCAUUCCUACGACACGUGCUCUCUGCCUAGUUGAAACCGGCAAAUCAGUUGUCCGAGAUAUGUUCUAUGAUGGCAAUGCAAAGGAAGAGCCAGGCGCAAUUGUUUGUCGUGUAGCACCGUCCUUUAUACGUUUUGGUUCAUACCAAAUACAUGCUUCAAGAGGCAAAGAGGAUCUGGAAAUUGUUCGUCGUUUGGCAGACUAUACGAUACGUCAUCACUAUCUGCAUCUUGAAAACAUGAAGAAGAGUGAAGGUUUAUCAUUUGACGCAGCUAUAGGAGAUUCUCCAGCAAUUGAUCUUACAUCCAAUAAAUAUGCAGCCUGGGCAGUUGAGGUUGCAGAGAGGACUGCUUACUUGAUAGCCAGAUGGCAAGGUGUUGGCUUCACCCAUGGUGUACUCAACACAGACAACAUGAGCGUGCUGGGCCUGACUAUUGAUUACGGACCAUUUGGCUUUCUGGAUGCCUUUGAUCCUAGCUAUACUCCAAAUACCACUGACCUUCCUGGGAAGAGGUAUUGUUUUGCAAAUCAGCCUGAUGUUGGUUUGUGGAAUAUUGCUCAGUUUACUGGACCACUAUCAUCUGCUGAACUUAUUAGCCAAGACGAGGCAAAUUAUGUAAUGGAGAGGUACGGGACAAAGUUCAUGGACGAGUACCAAUCUAUCAUGACCAGAAAACUGGGCCUGACCAAGUAUAAUAAGCAGCUAAUAAGUAAGCUGCUUAACAACUUGGCAGUUGAUAAGGUUGACUACACCAACUUUUUCCGUCUUCUUUCAAACAUCAAAGCGGAUCCUGGCAUUCCAGAGAAUGAGCUGCUUGUGCCACUGAAGGCUGCUCUGCUGGAUAUUGGGAAAGAAAGGAAGGAAGCAUGGAUUAGUUGGGUGCGGACUUAUAUUGAAGAGCUGGUGGAGAGUGGCAUUCCUGAUGAAGAAAGGAAAGCUGCGAUGAACUCUGUCAAUCCAAAGUAUAUUCUCCGCAACUAUCUCUGCCAGUCGGCGAUCGACGCCGCUGAGCAAGGUGAUUACGAGGAGGUUCGUCGGUUGCUGAAAGUAAUGCAACAUCCAUAUGAUGAGCAGCCGGGGAUGGAGAAGUAUGCACGGUUGCCGCCAGCCUGGGCAUACAGACCGGGAGUGUGCAUGCUGUCCUGCUCCUCUUGAACCCAGCAUAAGUGCCGAUGUUUAUCACCUUCUUCCUGUAUAGGGAAUUCAGCUUUGUGCUAUGACGAUGUGUAAAGCAUCACAUGCUAUUUUUACCGGUGAUGCAAGAGUGUAAGAAGCUUAGUUGCAAAUUCUGCACUAUUUGCCAUAUUGUAAGAUUAGUGAGGCUCGAUCAGGAGUUGCCGUGAAGCGGAGCACCUGGCCUCAUAUCCUGUGUGGAAAUGAAAAUUUGGUGGUACAAGAGCCCUGGCGGCACCUCGCAUCCGGAAUUUUACCCGGCAGGAUGACUGGAUGAGGUACAGGCUUGAGGAACAAAAGAAAUUAUCACGGCAAGACUCUUAGCCCCUGUCAUGCCUUCUGCGGCAAA